ACGAAGCGCCGGGGCCGGCGCUGCUGAGCGGCUGCGCGGCCCACCUGGAGCUGCUCGUGCAGCUGCUGCGCGCCGGCGCGGAGGUGGAGGCGCCGCACGCAGCGCCCUCCCGCGGCACGGCGGCGGCUGCCGGCGAGGCGCUGGCGAGGAGCAGCGCCAUGCUCACGCAGGCGCUGCACGGCGGCCCGCCUCCGGCCAGGUCCGCAGCGGCUGCGGCCCCGCCGUCGCCGCGCCUCACCGUGCCCGAGCUCCAGUCUCGCAGCAGGCGCUCUCGGCGGUCGCUCACGGCGCCCGCCGCGACGAGGCGCACCCAGGCGCUGGCCAGGGCCGCCUCGGGUCCAGACGGCGUCCGCGAGGAGCCUGGCAAGGACACGGACCCUGUCACCGCCAGCGUCGCCCUCGACCCGGUGGCUGGUGCGCAGGCGGAUGCUGCCCUUGCCCAGGCCUUUGCCCACGCAAGGCCCAGCAUGCUCGACAGCAUGAUGAGCGGCACGUCCGACGAGGUCGACCCGGAGGCAGACAAUGACGCAGCUGCCGUUGGGAGCCCCAGGUUGGUGAGGUUGAUGAGGAGCCUCUCGAUGGAUGCCAUGAAGAAGGAGGUCAGCCUGAACGAGCUCGAGAAGUCGUGCACGAGGGCGACCAUCGAUCCGUACUCGUCGAGGACCGCGCCAGCGAUGGCAGCCACGAGCACGCGACGGUGCUGUCAGCGGCUCAUCGUGAGCCCCUUGUUUGAGUGGUCGGUCGCGGCCGUCAUCUUCGCGAAUGCCGUGUUCAUCGGGGUGCAGGCAGACUGGGGCGUACACCACCCAGGAGAGGAAUUGCCGCUGGCAUUCCGUGCGCUCGACAAGAUCCUUGUGGUGGUUUUCACCCUCGAGCUGCUCUUGCGUAUCGUGGCCGAGGGGCGCGCUUUCUUCAGCCCACGGAGUCCGGAGUUCCAGUGGAACGUUUUCGACACGACGCUUGUAGCUAUCUCUUAUUGGGAGUUCUUGACGGCGUCCUUGGGCGUUUCGUUCAUCAAGACAAACUUCACUCGCCUUCUCCGCUUGAGUAGGCUCGUGCGUGCAAUGCGGGUGAUCAGAAUCAUCAGGUUCUUCUCUGAGCUGAGGGUCAUGGUCCUUGCCAUCUGCAGCUCCCUGAGGCUCCUCUUGUGGGCAGGCUGCUUGCUUGUGAUGCUGAUGUACCUGUUCGCUGUCAGCUUCGUGCAGAUAGUAGAGACCCACUUGGCCGAUGAGGCGACAGGCUCGACUGGAGAGCUUGUCUUGUACUGGGGCUCGCUUCCGCGCGCAAUUUACACACUGUACUUGAGUAUCACGAACGGGACGUCAUGGGACGACGCUGCAGAACCCUUGCUGAUGAUCUCUCCAUCCCUUGUAGCGGCUUACUGCGUCUAUAUCGGGAUCGCAUCGUUCUGUGUCUUGAACACGAUUACUGGUAUCAUUGUCGACAAGGCUACCCAUGUCAUCGCGGCGGACGACGACUGCCGGAUGUGGAACGAGCUUGACAGAAAAAAGCGAUGGGUGCGCGACGUGAGACUUCUCUUCCACAAAGCCGACAAGGACGGCACUGGCAAGUUGGGAUGGGAGGGCUUCCACAGGUUGUUGACGGAUCUCCAGAUGCAGAACAUAUUGAAGUGCCUCGGAGUCGACGUCAUGGCCAUUGAGCCACGGAUGCUGUUUGACCUCUUCGAUACGGACGGAGGUGGCACAAUCGACAUCAACGAGUUCGCCGCAUCAAUCCAGAAGUUGCACGGUUCUGCCAAGGCCAUCGACAUGGUGAGGCUGAAAUUCAAGAUCGUGGGCAUGAACAAUAAGAUCAGGACUCUACUGGACAUCCUCGAACCGCAGGGCUUCGAUCGAGACCAGGAGCGGAGAGACACGGUCAUUUCCCGAAACGUGGACUUCUCCAUUGACGAAGACCUUUUCUAG